AUGUCGUAUCGAAAAUGGAAAACUACCGGAAAUCUGAAUUUUGCCCGAUUUGAUCAUACAGCAUCGAGGUUAUCAAAUGGAAAAGUAUUAGUCACUGGUGGCUCUGAUAGUCAUUUGAUCCAGAGUGCUGAGUUAUAUGAUCCAUCGACAGGUAAUUGGACAACAACAGGAAAAAUGAAUGUUGCACGAUCUGAUCAUACAGCAUCGAUCUUAUCAAAUGGAAAAGUAUUAGUCACUGGUGGAUGGGGUCAUCAUUUUCUCAACAGUUCUGAGUUAUAUGAUCCAUCCACCGGUAAUUGGACAAUAACAGGAUAUAUGAAUGUUCCACGAAAUCGUCAUGCAACCUCGAUCUUAUUAAAUGGAAAAGUAUUAGUCACUGGUGGAUGGAGUUAUGUUCAGUACAACAGUGCUGAAUUAUAUGAUCCUCUGACAGGUAAUUGGACAACAACAGGAGAUAUGAAAGGUGACCGAUAUGAUCAUACAGCAUCUACGUUAUCAAAUGGAAAAGUAUUAAUCACUGGUGGAUGGAGUAAUGGUUAUCUCAAUAGUGCUGAAUUAUAUGAUCCAUCUACAGGUAAUUGGACAAGAACAGGGAAUAUGAACGUUGCACGAUCUUAUCACACAGCAUCGGUCUUAUUAAAUGGAAAAGUAUUAGUGAGUGGUGGAGACAAUUCUGGUUCCCUCGACAGUGCGGAGUUAUAUGAUCCAUCGACAGGUAAUUGGACAAGAACAGGAAGUAUGACUGUUGCACGAGCUCAUCAUACAGCAUCGAUCUUAUCGAAUGGAAAAAUACUAGUCACUGGUGGAAUUUAUGGCGUUUGGAUCCACAGUGCUGAAUUAUAUGAUCCUCUGACAGGUAAUUGGGCGACAACGGGAUAUAUGAGUGUUGCCCGACUUGAUCAUGCAGCAUCGGUCUUAUUAAAUGGAAAAGUAUUAGUCACUGGUGGUCUGAGUAAUACUUGGCUCGACAGUGCUGAAUUAUAUUAA